UUUCAGUACAGAAACCUAGAGAACAAGUUCCAGAUGCUGAAGCUCUGUUGAACAUCAUGAACACGUUGGUUACAUCUGUUAAAGCACACAGUAAAGAGGGAAUUAUCCCUUCAGACUUUGUAAACUGUCUGCUCAGAGAUUUUGGGCGACAAGGUGGGGCAAGUACUAGCACAGAGGAUGGUAGGAACUCUAUAGCUUGGAAGGAUGUUGGUCUAGCAGUUUCUCAUGUUUUCAUGAAGGCUCCUGGAUGUUGCACCAUGCUUGGACCUAUGAAUAACGAACUAAAGCAACGGAAGGUUGUUGUUCAUAAAAAAUGUGUGAGGCCAACAGAAAGUUCCCGGCCUGAAGAGGUAAGCAAGCUUUAACCAAAGUUCCUACAUUUUUUUUCUUUUCUUUUUGAUGAGAAGAAAUAUUUAGUACAAACACGGUGCUAAAAAUAACAUGCUCAGCAUUAUUCAAAUAGGUAAGAAAGUGGAUUAAACAUAAGGCCUUGUUACUUUGGUAGAAAAUGAAUGGGGCAGAGGACUUAUGGUGCUCCGAAGUUUGCAAUUUCUGGCUCACUGGAAAAGAACAAGACAAUGGAUUGCCACAUUUUUUUUCUUUUUCAUUUUAAAGGCAUGCAAUUAAAAGGAAUCAUAUGAAAGGGUGACGAAUAAUCAAUGAGUACUUAGUAGGACCUAUUUCUGUGGUUUUUAUCUUUUGGGACAUUGUGUUUUCAUUUUUUUACUUUAUUAGUAAGUUGUGGUUUACACUGAUUUUGCUUCCAAAGACGAGGGCAAUUCCAAAGUUUGUAUUUUGUGGAAAUAUAGUGCCUGUGCAAAUUAGCUUUGAAUAAUUCUGUCUUAUUUGGUUUUAAUUAGAGUUAUUACAGAGUCUGUUUGUCUCCACAGUUUGAAUAAUUCUGCCACUAUGUGCUUAUCAUCUAGAUGAUUGGAUCCAUCCUUCACAACUACCAAAUAAGGUUAUAACUACUUCCAUGAAUGAUAGUUGCCUUUAUGGCGACUAAAGAAUGUUGGAGCAUGGACACAGAUAUGACACGAUACGAGCACUUUGACAACUUUUAAAAAUAUUUAUAACAUGAAAAUGAUAAUGACUACAUUUUUAAUAAAUAAUAGGACAUGCUUGGUCAUGUGUCCGAUAUGUGUGGGUGUGUGUCUAACAAGUGUCUGUGUCCAACGUUGAACAUGGAAACAACACCUUUUUA